GCGCCGUCCGGGCGCCUCUCUCGGCACGUCGGCCUGGGCUCCGCUGGCUGCGCUCGCGGUUGUGCGCCGUCGCGGCCGCCCCGGCCGUGAGCCCCGUGGGGGUCUCCGGGGCCCGGGUGCGAGCCCCUGCGGCCCUACCCGCCUUCAGCCCCACAGUCACGCUCCCGGGCGUGGGACUCGUCCCUCCCCGCUUUUCCCCUCCCGAGCCUGUCGGUCCUGUCAGCCCCCGACCCCUCUCUGUGCUCCCUGCCCUCUACUUGGCGUCAUCGUCCCCUCUGGAGAUGUUUGCGGGUUCGGGGCAGCUCGGUUGCCCUCCGCUGCCCGGCUCUUCUGUUCAUCACCCAGAGAGGCGGCGAUUGACCUCUGCGCUUACGUCUCAGAACUGUGCCUUUGUCCCCGAUCACCUCUGGGCUGUUCUGCACGCAGCCCCCGCGCCUAGCAAGUGCUGGGUCCUCGGAGAGAAAGAGGAAAGGACGGGCUCGCUGCUGGCCACGAGCUCCGACAAUGACAAUCCUUUCCAGGAGUUCAGUUAUGGGUGUGAGAGGCUUACAGGGAUUUGUGGCGAGUACCUGCCCACAUGUAUGUACCGUAGUCAAUUUGAAAGAGCUGGCCGAGCGCCACCGGAGCAAGCACCCUAGCUGCAUGCCCACCAUCGUGGUGGAUGCUAUGUGCUGCCUCAGGUACUGGUACACUCCCGAGUCGUGGGUUUGUGGUGGCCAGUGGAGAGAGUACUUUUCUGCUUUGCGAGAAUUUGUUAAAACCUUUGCAGCUGUUGGCAUCAAGUUGAUAUUCUUCUUUGAUGGCAUGGUGGAGCAGGAUAAGAGAGAUGUGUGGGUGAAACGAAGACUCAAGAACAAUAGGGAGAUAGCCAAGAUUUUCAAUUAUAUCAAGUCCCACAGGAAGCAGCCCGGCAGAAACAUGUUCUUCAUCCCCUCAGGGCUGGCCAUAUUUACGCGGUUUGCUUUGAAGACCCUGGGCCAGGAAACUCUGUGUUCGUUACAGGAGGCUGACUAUGAGGUGGCAUCCUAUGGCCUCCAAAAUAACUGUCUUGGGAUUCUUGGAGAAGACACCGACUACUUAAUUUAUGAUACCUGUCCCUACUUUUCAAUUAGCGAGCUCUGUCUGGACACUCUCGACACCAUCAUGCUCUGUCGACAGAAGCUCUGUGAGAGUCUGGACCUUGAGCUGGCAGACCUCCCUCUUCUAGCCUGCCUGCUUGGCAACGAUAUAGUCCCGGACGGCGUGUUUGAAAGCUUCCGGUACAAGUGCUUGUCUUCCUACACCUCCGUGAAAGAGAACUUUGACAAGAAAGGGAACACUAUCUCAGCUGUAGCACACCACAUAGCUAAAGUUCUUCGCUUACAUCAAGGUGAGAAAAAGCUGGAAGAGAUGUUACCUUUGGGACCAAACAAAGCUCUUUUUUAUAAAGGGGUGACAUCGUAUCUUUUGCCAGGACAGACAUCUCCGUGGAUUUUCCAAAAACUCAAAGGUAUAGCAACUUUGCACAAGCAGGUAGUACCCAUGAGUUCAGACCCUGAAUCCAAGCAAGAAAUUCCUGUGUGUGCAGAUCCUGAAUCCAAGCAAGAAAUUCCUGUGUGUACAGAUCCUGACUCUAACCAAGAAAGUCCUAUGUGUAUAGACCCUGUAUCCAACCAAGAAGUUCCUGUGUGUACAGACCCUGAAAUUAAACCAGAAGACCCCAUGAAUCUGGAGCCUGAAAUCAAGCAACAAGUAACCAUGGUUUCAGAGACUGAAAUCCUAAAGAUUGCCAGGAUGCGCCACGUCCAGGGGGAAAGCUACCUGGUGUACAACAUCCUGACCAGUGGGGAGAUCGAAUGCAGCAACACCCUGGAGGACGCACUGGACCAGGCUCUGCCCAGCCAGGCCUUCGUGUACCGCCCCAUGAGACAGCGUGUCUACUCCCUCCUGCUCGGACGCGGCCAAGAUGGCGCCAGCGGCUGCCCCACUGUCCGGGAGUGGUUUGUGUACUCGGGGAACCCACUGAGGCAUCCAGACCUGGUCAGGCCUCUGCCGAUGAACAUCCCAGGGGGGACACCUAGUUUGAAUCUGCUGUGGCUGAACCAGGAGCUGGGAACGCAAGCCCUGCGCAUGGACACGCUCCUGGCCUGUUUCGACCUCUUGUCUUCACGGGAAGAGCUGCAGGCAGUCGAGAUGCCCUUCCAGGCGCUGUGCUGUCUCCUGACCUACCUGUUCGUGCAGGUGGACACGCUGUGCCUGGAGGACCUGCAUGCUUUCAUCGCCCAGGCCUUGUGCCUGCAAGGAAAGUCAGCCGUGCAACUGGAGGCCCUGCAGCUCGACUGCGUGGACCCCAGAGCCGUGCAGCUGGGUGCCCUGCUGGUCCGCGGCCUCACCAUGGUGGUGCUGGCCAACAGCGUGUGCGGCUGCCCCUUGAGGGUCGGCGACUUCAUGCCCUGGAACGUGUUCGAUGGGAAGCUUUUCCACGAGAAGUACCUGCAGUCAGAGAAGGGGUGUGCCGCGGAGGUCCUCGUGGAGCAGAAUAGGUCCCGGCUCACCACGUUUCACAGCCUCAAGUCUGUCGUGUGCAAGGCUUGCCUGAGGGAGGACAGACACAUCGUCAGCCGGCAGCAGUGGCGACCACACCACUCAGGGCGGUGGGAGAGACAGGGACCCGGCUCCCACAGGACGAGCUCCGGGUACAGCCGGGCUGGACAAGGACAGCACUGGAGAAACCAGGGGCCAGGUAAGAGGGCGCCAGGCCCCCCGCCACCCACCACGGUGCUGUGCGGCUCGUGUCUGCUUCCGACACAGGUUAGAUGCUUGCAGGUGAAUAAACAGGAAGCAGGCAGCACGAGCCUGAGCGGUGGAAAAGACACUCGCCCUCCUCUGGGCUCCAGCUCAGUGUUUCUUACUGCAGUGCACAUGCAGACAGGCCUGGGUUCGGGCAGACUGGAAGCCCGUAGGGAUGGGUGAGGAGAAGGCAGAAGUGGAGUGUCCGGAAGCCUGCGUUCCACAGUCAGUAGCUACACAGCCAGAAGCCAUGUUUCCACGACUGAGAAGCAUGUCUGUGGCUCUUUGUGAGCCCUGAAGACUCGAUUUUAAAAAACACUUAAAAUGAAUCCAAGUUCAGAGUAAUAAUCUUUUCAUGAAAGAAUGUUCAGGUGGUCCAGCUGAGGCUCUGCAGGGACGGGACAGCUGACAGUGCUUAGAAAACCCGGACACCAAAUGUCAGGUCAACACAUCCUGCUCAUCUUCAGUUAACACAAGAAGCACCCGACCCAGGGUGUUCGAGCCAUAAAGUGGGUGUGCUGUGUGUUACACUCCUUUCCACAGACGGCAGUGAGGACGCAGCAGACAUCAGGACCACGGCUUUACCGCCACACAAGGAUCAUCUCCAAUGUGGACGUGGUGAAUGUUGACGUCCAUGGGGACGUGUUUCAGGAAGACACUGAGGAAGCAAAGACACCCUCCAGUGCUUGGCAGGGUACUUUGGGGGCUAGGGACAUUAUAACUCCCGGUUGGCAUGACGAGUGUGGAGGAGACCUGCGUCCACACGUUGCCGACUGGCACAGAGUGUCUUCUAACAGCUGUCUUUGAGUUCAUUACAGUUAAAAGUAUACUUUCCCAGCAAGUUCUCUUCUCACAGGUUGGCCCAGGCCGCUGAUGAACGAGGACCUUUGUAAAAGUUUACUGCUCCAUGCACGUCACUAGUGUUCCUCACGUUACAGCUCUUAGGUUUGGAUUCCUUGUUUAAAUUUGUCAAAAAUGCCACUUGGUCACGAGUUCAGAGUUUCCCAUUGGAAGGUGGAAAUGACUGUUGGCGGUUGCCGUGUUGCUCCUAGGCAUUAGCCAGCCCGUCCUCAUUUCAGUGAGGCACGUGCAGCGGCCGUGCCUGCUGGCUGCCCCAGGAGGGGCCCUCGUCUGCGGCCCUGGAAGCCGCUGCACAGACAGCAGGCCGGGUUUGGCAUCUCCCUUUUAUGUUACGACAGUGAUCUGUAAUACACGUUUGUGGUUCAUAGCCAAAUAUAAAUGAUUAGUCUGCUGUUACCAAUGAGAAAACUGACUUCUUUGCUCCUGUUUUUUGUUUGGACCUAUCGUUAAAUACCUAGAGCUGGACAGAAGCUUGGGGAUCUAACCCAGGCCUCAGGCAUCAGGCGAGGUCCAGAGAGGUUACCUGGGGCUCUGGCGACACAGGUCCUGGUUCUGGCGGGUCCCUGGGCCGCCACCUCCUGCUUUGUGCCCUGGUGUCAUCAUCUUCAUUCGAUGGGUUUGCUUCAGCUCACAGUUUCUCAACUGUGAGUCGUGUACACCCUUGAAAGGAAAAACAAGGGGUGAUUUUUUGCCCAUGUCGAUUUAUUGUUGUUCCUCUGCUAUUAAAAUAUAUACAAACAUGCAUUGGAUUCCUUAUGCCUCGCACAUUCUUAGUACAACUUUCAGUCCCAGACGUCAUGUAC